AUGCAGUGCAGGCAAAUACAGUACUGGAUUCUUGAAAUGACAUGUGGCCCCCUUUUGGUUCAACUAGAAUAUCUUACUAUCGCUGUCGUUCUACGUGAUAUACAUAUGAUAGUUAGUAAUUUGAUAUAUGAGCCGUGGAUCCUAAACCAUAGAGUUGAUUCCCGUAAUUGUGAUGCUCAACUGCAAACCUUCUCCAUUCAUCAAGGUUCAACCAUGGACACAAGAAUCACCAAAUCCUUCAACAUCCCACCCGCUUCACUACCCAUCCUUCCUGUCGUGUUUUUGAUAUUCCUCGUCCCGCUAUACGACCAAAUAAUCGUCCCAUGUGCACGUAAGUUCACAGGUAUUCCCACCGGCAUAACAUACCUGCAACGAGUAGGAGUAGGCCUCGUUCUAUCCUCCUUGUCCAUGGCAGUGGCAGCAAUAAUGGAAGUAAAAAGAAAAAAGGUUGCAAGAGACCACGACAUGCUUGAUGCAACACCAAUACUGCAGCCAUUGCCGAUCAGUGUCUUCUGGUUAUCAAUUCAGUAUUUCAUAUUCGGGAUAGCUGACAUGUUCACUUAUGUGGGACUUCUGGAAUUCUUCUAUUCCCAAACUCCAAAGGAUCUUAAAUCGAUUUCGAGUUCUUUCCUUUGGUGUUCUAUGUCGGUGGGAUACUUCCUUAGCACCAUAGUUGUGAACAUAGUGAACCAUGCAACGAAGGAUAUUACGCGCAGUGGAGGUUGGCUGGCCGGAAACAACUUUAACCGAAACCAUUUGAACCUUUUCUACUGGUUGCUUUCUUUGAUGAGCUUGUUGAAUUUCUUCAUCUAUCUCUUUGUUUCUAAGAGGUACAAGUACAGGAAAGAGGGCUAUGAAGUUCAAAUCAAUGGGAAUGGAGUACAUGAGUUGCAGAAUAAAGAAGAUGGAAAAUAG